ACAUCCUGUGCUACCCAUAUAACCGAGGGUAAGUUGACUUCAAAUAGGUUCCAACGCUUCUCCACCUGGAGGUCUUUACUGAGAGCAGUUGCCUUCUUGAGCCACCAGACUCAAUCAUUCAGUACCAACCCCCCAAAUACAUGUAGAGGAUGGCAUAUGUGCAACAAACUUCAUACUCCAGAAGAACUGGAGGCAGCAAAGCUGACCAUACUUAGGUUGGUCCAAAGGGAUGCUUAUCCAGAAGAGUAUGUUGCACUGCAAGAGAAUAGAGCAAUUUCAAAGACAAGCACAAUCCUCAAGCUAGACCCUUUCAUGUGCAACGGUCUUUUACGGGUUGGUGGACGUCUGAAACACUCCACUGUUAGUCUUGGAAUGAAAAAUCCAAUCAUUCUCCCAAAACAGAAUCAUGUGACCAAAUUGCUAGUGACCCAUUACCAUGAAAAGAUAAAACAUCAAGGACGACAGUUUACAGAAGGGGCAAUCAGAGCGGAAGGCCUGUGGAUUGUUGCCGGCAAAAGGUUGAUUAGCUCUGUAAUCCAUUCCUGUAUUGUCUGCCGAAAGCUGAGAGGAAAACUGGAAGUCCAGAAAAUGGCCGACCUUCCCCCAGAACGUCUGAGCAUGUCUCCUCCCUUUACAUAUGUAGGGUUUGAUGUUUUUGAUCCGUGGGAGGUAAUCACCCGAAGAACUCGAGGUGAAGCAGCUCAGAGUAAGCGAGCUGAGCUCACGUGCAUGAGUACCAGGGCUGUGCAUAUAGAAGUCAUUGAGUCCAUGGACUCAAGUAGCUGCAUCAAUGCACUACGCAGACUUUUUGCCUUAAGAGGGCCUGUGAAGCAGCUGAGGUCAGACUGUGGUACAAACUUUGUUGGAGCAUGUUCUGAAUUAGGAAUAAGACAAGAUGAUCAGAGUCAAGACAAGAUCCUGAGUUACCUCUACGAACACGGCUGUACAUGGGAGUUCAACCCUCCACAUGCCUCGCAUAUGGGAGGUGUGUGGGAGCGCAUGAUUGGUGUAACCAGGAGGAUACUGGACUCCAUGUUGUCUCACGGUAAACACAGUUCCCUGACUCAUGAAGUGCUCUGUACCUUGAUGGCAGAGGUGUCUGCUAUAAUCAAUGCAAGGCCAUUGAUCCCAGUCUCCUCCGAUCCUUCUUCACCACUGCUGCUGACUCCCGCUAUGAUAGUAACGCAGAAACCUGCAAGUACAGGUACUUGCUGA